CUGUUAUCGGCAUUGAUAUCUAAGUGGAUUAUGCAAAUAUAGUUCUGCAGCCAAAAUUGUAUGUAGCGGGGUAGUUUGUUUACAUCUGAGUCCCUGGUACACUUUUAGAAAUGGCGUCUUCAAAAGGUUGUUCUUUUCGUUCUUUUGUCGGCUCAGAUUGUUCGUUUGACCGAAGAGACAAAAAGAAAUCUUUUGACAUCGUUCCUUUGACAACAUGCAAAAAAGAAAUAGCAAAUCAUAGAUCGACGUGGAAAUUUUCUGGUGUGAAAAGUGAGGAGGAAUUGAUUCUUGCACGAGCUGGCAUGUUUUGUUUAGAGCGAGAGGAACGCAUUUCUUUAAACAUAUGCCCUUAUCACCGCUCGGAACUUGGCGUUGGAUGGCGAAGGGGUAGAGAUACCUGCCGUGUUCCAGAAGUUCUCUCUAAACAUAAGCCUGACAAGAAAGGGGACAGAGGAAUUGGGAAAGAAGCCUCAAAGUCGAUAUUUGUACAGACAGGCGUACUCAUUCCUGUUGGUUCAGGUAUUUGUAAAGAGUGUAGAUCACGCCUUGAGCCACAAAAUGCCGCCACACUUUCACAAGRCACGUCGAACAAAACUUUGGUAGAAUAA